AUGGCUCCCCAGACAAAGAAAUCCGGCAAGCCGGCCAAGACGACGAAGAAGUUCGUCAUCAACGCCCAGCAACCCGCCAGCGACAAGAUCUUCGACACCGCCGCCUUCGAGAAGUUCCUCCAGGACAAGAUCAAGGUUGACGGCCGCGUCGGUAACCUCGGCGAGACCAUUGUCAUCAAGCAAGCUGGCGAGGGCAAGGUCGAGAUCACUGCCCACAACGAGCUCUCCGGCCGAUACCUCAAGACCAAGAAGUUCUUGAAGAAGCAGCAGCUCCGUGACUGGCUGCGCGUGGUCUCUACCUCUAAGGGAGUGUACGAGCUCAAGUUCUUCAACGUCGUUAACGACGAGGCCGACGACGACGACGAGUAA